GCUCUUAUAUAACCUGGGCUCUCCCAGGGCACUACCGUUGGAAUAAGGUGAAAGAUUCUUAAGGAACUCCUUCUAUUGCUUGGGCUGCCAUUGCAGGGAUUCAGAUUGCUGUGGCGCUGGGACUGUUCGGAAAAGUGUGAUCUGGGAUCCUGCCCUGCUCUUGGAUGAAGUUAGGAAGCUGAACAGGAUGGCUUCAGAUGAGCUGGUCUUCUUUGUCAAUGGCAAGAAGGUGGUGGAGAAGAAUGUGGACCCAGAAACUACUUUGCUAAACUACCUUCGAAGGAAAUUGGGCUUAUGUGGAACCAAGCUGGGCUGCGGAGAAGGUGGAUGUGGUGCCUGCACUGUUAUGAUUUCCAAGUUUGACAGAUCCCAAAAGAAAACCAUACAUUUUUCUGCCAAUGCUUGUUUAUUCCCUAUCUGUGCUCUCCACCAUGUAGCAGUAACUACCAUUGAAGGCAUAGGAAGCACUAAGACAAGGCUGCACCCAGUGCAGGAAAGAAUAGCCAAAAGCCAUGGGUCUCAGUGUGGUUUCUGCACUCCUGGCAUUGUUAUGUCCAUGUACACGCUCCUUCGCAAUCAGCCUGAACCCAAAAUGGAAGCAAUUGAAGAUGCUUUCCAAGGAAAUCUCUGCCGCUGUACUGGAUACAGGGCCAUUCUGGAGGGUUACCGGACAUUUGCAAAGGAUGGGGGAUGCUGUGGAAAUAAAGUUAAUGGUCUUGGCUGCUGCAUGGCUGGAAAGCAAAAUAAUGUGGGUCAGGGUUGCUGUGGAGAAAAAGUGAAUGGCUGUUGCAUGAAUGGAGAAGAGAACAAUACUGGAUUGAUCUCCUCAGAGCUGUUCAAUCCAUCUGAGUUCCAGCCUUUAGACCCUACUCAGGAGCCGAUAUUCCCACCAGAGUUAUUGACUCACACUGAUCAGCCUCAGAAACAACUGUGCUUCAAAGGGGAGCGAGUGAUGUGGUUUCAGCCCUCAAGCCUCAAGGAACUGUUGGCGCUCAAAGCUCAGUACCCAACUGCCAAGCUUGUGGUGGGGAACACUGAAGUAGGUAUUGAAAUGCGGUUAAAGAACAUGCUGUACCCUGUGAUCAUAGCACCAACUUGGAUCCCUGAAAUGAACUCUGUUCAACGCACAGAGGAGGGAAUUAGUUUUGGAGCCUCUUGCACUCUGAGCCACAUGGAAGAGGUUCUGCAAAAAGCAGUGGCUCACCUUCCUCCUUACAAAUCAGAGGUGUUUCAAGCUGUCCUAGAACAACUGAGGUGGUUUGCAGGGCCUCAGAUCCGAAAUGUUGCUGCUCUUGGGGGAAAUAUAAUGACUGCAAGUCCAAUAUCUGACCUAAAUCCAGUGUUUAUGGCAAGUGGGAGCAAACUGACCUUGGCAUCAAAUGAGGGAAGGAGGACUAUAAGGAUGGACGAGACAUUCUUCACUGGUUACAGGAAGACUAAACUUAAACCUCAGGAAAUACUGCUCUCGGUUGAGAUUCCCUUCAGCAGGAAGGGUGAAUAUUUCUCAGCAUUCAAGCAAGCUUCAAGGCGGGAGGAUGACAUUGCUAUAGUGACCUGUGGGAUGAGAGUCCUGUUUCAAGAAGGAACUGAUCAAGUGCAAGAUAUUAAGCUGAGCUAUGGAGGAAUGGCUCCCACAACUGUGCUGGCUGUUAAAACUUGUCAGGAGCUCAUUGGAAGGGAGUGGACAGAAAAGCUCUUGCAGGAAGCCUGUCGCCUGCUGGCUGGCGAGAUGAACCUGUCCCCUUCAGCCCCGGGUGGCAUGGUAGACUUCCGACGGACCCUUGUCCUCAGCUUCUUCUUCAAGUUCUAUCUCACGGUGCUUCAGAAAUUGGGCAGGGAACUCAAUGGCAACAAUAAUCUUGCUGAUACGGUCCCUGCUAGGUAUGCCAGCGCCACUCAAUUAUUUCACAAGGAUCCUGUUAAAAAUGUACAGUUUUUCCAGGAAGUGCCUCCUGGACAGUCCGUUGAAGACAUGGUGGGGAGACCCCUUGUGCAUCUUUCAGCUGCCAAGCAAGCAAGCGGGGAGGCAGUCUAUUGUGAUGACAUUCCUCACUAUGAGAAUGAGCUGUACCUAACACUAGUUACCAGCACCAAAGCCCAUGCCAAGAUUGUUUCUAUUGACACCACAGAGGCCCAGAAUGUCCCUGGUUUUGUCUGUUUUGUCUCUGCUAAGGAUGUUCCAGGGAGUAACGUCACUGGGAUUGCUAAUGAUGAAACCGUCUUUGCAAAGGACACUGUCACAUGCGUUGGUCACAUCAUUGGAGGAAUAUUGGCAGACACACAAGAACAUUCCCGAAGAGCUGCCAGAGCAGUGAAGAUCACAUAUGAAGACCUUACGCCUAUUGUCACCAUUCAGGAAGCCAUUGAAAAACAGUCCUUCUUUGAGCUUGUGAGGAAGAUUGAGAAAGGGAACAUCCAGAAAGGAUUUGAAGAGGCUGAUCAUAUUGUGGAAGGUGAGAUAUAUAUGGGUGGACAGGAGCAUUUUUAUCUGGAGUCUCACUGCACUAUUGCUGUGCCAAAGAGAGAAGAUGGAGAAAUGGAGCUCUUUGUAUCUACCCAGAACCUAACAAAGACGCAGGAAUUUGUUGCCAAUGCCUUAGGGGUCCCGUCGAAUCGAAUUGUGGUUCGAGUCAAGAGAAUGGGAGGAGGAUUUGGAGGCAAAGAGACAAGAAACACUAUUGUCUCUACAGCUGUAGCAGUGGCUGCAGAUAAGACUGGUCGCCCAGUAAGAUGUAUGCUGGAUCGAGAUGAAGAUAUGCUGAUUUCUGGUGGAAGACAUCCCUUUUUGGGGCAGUAUAAGGUUGGCUUUAAGAAGAAUGGAAGGAUUACUAGUCUAGACGUGUCAUAUUACAGCAAUGGAGGGAAUUCUGUUGAUCUUUCUCAUGGCGUUAUGGACAGAGCAUUGUUUCACAUGGACAACUCAUACAACAUUCCAAACAUCAGAGGCAUAGGCAAAGUCUGCAGAACCAACUUGUCCUCCAACACAGCAUUCCGUGGGUUUGGGGGUCCCCAGGGAAUGAUGGUUACCGAGUGCUGGAUGAGUGACAUUGCCAUGAAGUGUGGGCUGCCAGCAGAAGAGGUUCGAAAACUCAAUCUCUAUAAUGAAGGAGACCUGACUCACUUCAAUCAGAAGCUAGAAGGAUUCACCUUGCGAAGAUGUUGGGAUGAGUGCCUUGCAAAUUCAGACUAUCACUCCAGAAGGAAACUCAUUGAUGAGUUUAACCGGAAGAAUCGCUGGAAGAAGAGAGGCAUGGCCAUUAUUCCAACCAAGUUUGGGAUCAGCUUCACAGUUCCCUUUCUGAAUCAGGCUGGUGCCCUGGUACAUGUGUACACAGAUGGGUCAGUGCUGCUCACACAUGGUGGGACUGAAAUGGGCCAGGGCCUCCAUACCAAGAUGAUCCAGGUUGCCAGCAGGACUCUUGGAAUUCCCACCUCCAAGAUCUACAUCAGUGAGACAAGCACCAACACAGUGCCAAAUACAUCUCCAACAGCUGCUUCUGUUAGUGCUGAUAUCAAUGGGAUGGCCGUCUUGAAUGCUUGCCAGACCAUCCUGAAGCGAUUGGAGCCAAUCAAACUUGCUAAGCCAAAAGGUUCCUGGGAAGACUGGGUGUCAGCAGCCUACUGUGAUUGUGUGAGUCUGUCAGCUACAGGAUUUUACAGAAUUCCAGACCUUGGGUAUGACUAUGAGAAAAAUGAAGGGAAGCCCUUCUGCUACUUCUCUUAUGGUGUGGCUUGUUCUGAGGUUGAGAUUGACUGUCUGACAGGUGACCAUAAGAAUGUCCGCACAGACAUCGUGAUGGAUGUUGGCACCAGCUUGAACCCAGCUAUAGAUAUAGGGCAGAUAGAAGGAGCCUUUGUCCAAGGAGUUGGGCUUUUUACCCUAGAGGAGCUGCGUUAUUCCCCAGAAGGCAACCUGUACACCCGCGGGCCUGGAAUGUACAAAAUCCCUGCAUUUGGUGACAUCCCGACAGAGUUUCACGUGUCUCUUCUCCGGGACUGUCCAAACAGCAAAGCCAUCUAUUCAUCCAAGGCUGUCGGUGAACCUCCCUUGUUCCUGUCAGCCUCUGUGUUUUAUGCCAUCAAAGAUGCCAUCGUCUCUGCCAGGGAAGAAUCGGGACUGAAGGAGCCAUUCCGACUAGACAGCCCAGCUACCCCAGAGAGAAUACGCAAUGGUUGUGUGGAUAACUUCACCAAACUGUGUCCAUCUGCUGAGCCGGGCACCUUUAAGCCCUGGUCUGUGAGAGUAUGAAUGAAGUAACCUCUAGGAACCAUCUCCACUCAUCAAGCUGGUUUCACCUCAGGGGACCAAAAGGAAGCAAUGACUCACUGCUGAAAACAGAUCUGUAUUCCUGCCCCUGCC